CUGAACGCGAUCCAGCAGCGCAAGGAGCGCCUGGACGAGGAGCUCAAGCAGGUUGAAAAGCAGGUGUACGACCUGGAGACCACCUACCUCAACGAUUCGUCGCAGCACGGCAACGUCAUCAAGGGGUUCGAGGGGUUCCUGUCCCAGACCAAAUCGACGAACUUGAAGAAGUCGCGCAACUUCAAGCCCGAGGACAGGCUGUUCUCCAUGUCGAGCACCACGUCGCCG